ACAGAUGACUUAAGCCUUUUACAAAAUCUGAUUUUUGUGUCAUUGUAUUCUUUGGUUUGAAUUAACUCUUUUUUCCCAAACAGCUAUCUUACCAAAUAGCAAGACAGGCAACAUGGAAGAUCAACUUUUAAGUAGUAAAGGAAACAAGUUCCCUGUUGGCACCUCCUGUUCAACGCCUCUUGUUCUAAGCACUUGUGUUGUUAUGUGUGGUUCCUUGGCUUAUGGAUUUGCUGUUGGCUACACUUCUCCUGUCCAGUCAGGUAUCAUGGCUGACCUGGGGUUGUCCAUUGCAGAGUAUUCAACAUUUGGAGCUAUUCUGACACUUGGUGGAACUAUAGGUGCCUUAGUGAGUGGCACUAUUGCAGAUAUGGUUGGACGGAAAGUAACAAUGUGGAUUAUGGAUCUUUGUUUCAUACUGGGAUGGCUAUCUAUAAUUUUUGCAAAGAGUGUGUGGUGGCUUGAUAUUGGAAGAUUUCUAAUGGGAAUAGGAGCUGGACUGCUCCUUUACGUGGCUCCUAUAUACAUUGCAGAAAUCGCGCCAAAGAGUAUUCGAGGUGGAUGCACAGCUGCAUUUGCGUUCAUGGUAUAUUUUGGUUUUGCACUGAUGUUUCUGAUUGGCAAUAUCCUGCCUUGGCGCACCUUGGCUAUAGUAGGAAUUAUACCCUCUUUGGUGCAGUUAAUAGGCAUAUUCUUCAUACCAGAAUCUCCAAGAUGGUUGGCCAAAAUCGGUCUGGACAAAGAAGUAGAAGCAUCUCUACAAUAUCUGAGAGGAAAAAAUGUUGAUAUUUCUUUAGAAACAGCUGAAAUUAAGGACAACGUGGAGUCACUUACGAAGCUUUCAGGAUCGAGAUAUCUGGAUAUGUUUGACCGUAGAUAUGCUCAUUCACUCAUUGUAGGAUUGGGAAUUAUGAUGUUGUUGCAGUCUGGAGGAACUGAUGCAAUUUCAUCUUUCGCUAGUUCCAUUUUCAUAAAAGCUGGUUGCUCAGCUAGUUUUGCAACUACAACAAUGGGAUUCAUCCAGCUUCCUUUUGCUGCUAUGGGGAUAUUCUUACUGGAUGCUGCUGGAAGACGGCCUGUUCUGAUGGUCGCGUCUGCUGGGACAUGCUUAGGAAACUUUCUUGUAGGUGUAGGCUUUUUGUGUAAGGAUUAUGAUCAUAUGAGUCAGCUCUCUGCCACAUUUGUGUUAGUUGGCAUACUGGUAUUUGCUAUAUUCUACUCAAUGGGUGUAGGUGGUGCAGCUACUACAAUCGUUUCAGAGAUAUUUCCUAUGAACAUAAAGGGAUCAGCUGGAAGUCUAGCAAUUGUAUGCAAUUGGUUUACUUCUUGGAUUGUCACAUAUGCUUUUAACUUCUUAUUUGAAUGGAGCCCUUCAGGUGUGUUCUUCAUGUUCACAUUUUUUUCCGGGUUGAUGAUCCUAUUUGUUGCAAAGAUAGUACCAGAGACGAAAGGUCGGACACUUGAAGAAAUCCAAGCAUCCUUGACACUGCUUAACCAACAUACUAUGACUGGAAGCAUGGAAGAUGGUUUGUUAGAUGAGAGUAGUCUCAGAAAAUCCAGUCGGCAAUUCCAUGUUACAACAAAUCUUGUUUUGAGCACCUCAGUUGCUGCCUGUGGUUACUUUGCCUAUGGAUUUGCUGCUGGAUAUUCAUCUCCUGCUCAAUCAGGGAUCAUGGAUGACCUGGGACUCUCUAUAGCAGAAUACUCAGUUUUUGCUUCAAUCAUGAUAUUUGGAGGAAUGAUUGGGGCUCUGAUAAGUGGAAAGGUGGCUGAUAUUUUUGGCAGGAGAGCUACAAUAUGGCUUUCGGAUUUAUUUUUUAUCAUGGGCUGGUGUUCAAUAACCUUUGGCAAGAGAGCUUGGUGGCUUGAUGCUGGAAGGUUGGUGAUGGGAGUUGGUGCAGGAAUCUAUUUAUAUGUGGGACCUAUAUACAUUUCAGAGGUCACGCCCAAAAAUAUCCGAGGGAGCUUUGUAGCAGCUGCUUCAUGUACGCUGACUCUUGGCUUCUCACUGGUGUAUUACAUUGGGAAUAACAUGAGCUGGCGCACUUUAGCUCUUGUAGGUGCUACCCCUAGCUUUAUACAGGUGCUAGGUGUAUUCUUCAUACCGGAAUCUCCUCGGUGGUUGUCGAAAAUUGGUCUGGAGAAGGAGGUAGAAGCAUCACUACAACGUCUGAGAGGAGAAAAUGCAGAUAUUUCCACUGAAGCAGCUGAAAUAAAAGACUUUACCGAAACAGUUCAGCGACACUCAGGAUCCACAUUUAUGGAUUUGUUCAGUAGGAAAUAUGCUCGUCCACUGAUUAUUGGAGUCGGGUUAAUGGCUCUCGUGCAGUUAGGAGGGAAUAAUGCAAUAACUUCUUUUGCCAGUUCAAUUUUUAGAGCAGCUGGUUGUUCGGCAGAAUCAGGAUCUCAAGUCAUGGCUGUUCUCCAGCUUCCAUUUGCUGUCACAAGUAUUAUCCUUACAGAAAAAGCUGGAAGACGACUUCUUAUGCUGGUUACUUCGGCUGGGACUUGCUUAGGAUGCUUGCUUGUAGCAUUGGGCUUUCUUUUCAAGGGUUAUCAUCUAUCAACAGAGCUAACCUCUUCAAUGGUGUACACUGGCAUACUGCUCUUUUCUGUAUCUUUCACAAUGGGAAUGGGAGGUACACCCUGGAUCAUCAUGUCAGAGAUACUUCCGAUAAACAUCAAGGGUUCUGCUGGAAGUCUUGUGACAUUGAUCAACUGUUUUACUUCCUGGAUAGUUGGUUAUUCUUUUAAUUUCCUAUUCGAGUGGAAUGCAGCAGGAACAUUCUUCUUGUUUGCAUUCUUUUGUGGCUCGGUUGUUGUAUUCGUUGCAAUGUUGGUACCAGAGACGAAGGGACGGACACUUGAAGAAAUCCAGGCAUCGAUGACAUUACUCCAAUGAAAUCAUAUGUUCUUUAACCUUCAUUCAUGACUGCCCAUUUUGAACUUCAUAGUUCAGACUACUUUAUCAUUCAGAACUGAAACUCAUGUGUAUUGUGAUUAUAUUGAUGUUUGUUAUGUUCAUAUCUAAAUCCUAUCCAAUAUAUCAUACAUAUGAAGCACUGCUUCAGGAUGUUGAAAACCA